AGGCACACGCAUCAAAGAUAAGAAUCGAGAGCUCAAGAGUAGAUUACUUUCUGCUUCUUCUUCCUUAUGAGAAAACAGUAGAACUUCCUUAUUUUCAGAAAAGGGCAGGCCUGAACUAUUAUAAGAAUAUUAAUAUUACAUAACAGAGAAUACACAAUUCCUUUUUUUGAAGCCCUUCUGUUGUGUGACAUACAAGCUGAACCAUAAGGUCUUCAUGCGCUGGUUCCUGGUGGUCAUUUUUCAAGUCGUGAUCCAAGCACGUGUCCAAGCCCUCUUGUUCACCGCUGAGGCGGAGCGGGUGUUCUACACGGCCCAGCUCGGCGACGACAUCCUCAUGGGAUGCCAUUUCUUCCCUUUACCCGCGGACCCGCGCCAGGACGUGAUGGUGUCCUGGUAUCGGAUGGCGGGGGCCUCGGUACAGGAAGUGUAUCGGAUAGAUAACGGGGUGGAGCAAGUUGAAACGCAGCAUCCUGAUUUCAGGGGUCGGGCCAGGCUUCUCACAGAGGACAUUAACGACGGCUGGGCCAGGCUGCAGGUGUCCAGGCUUCGCAUCAAUGACUCGGGGACAUACCAGUGUGUGGUGCGGACAAGCGAAGGCGCCGACUACAAGGACAUGAAGUUGUCUGUUACUGCGCCCUACAAGACGGUGACCAAGAGCAUUCUCAAGGCGGCAGAAGGAGAGGAGCUGCUGCUCACCUGCCAGUCGGAGGGAUACCCGGAGACGGCCGUCGGCUGGGAGGACGCUCGUCGGCAAAAUCUCACGGCCAGCACCAGCGUGCAGCCGUCGGCGGACCACCUGUUUCGAAUCACCAGUCAGAUCCGCGUGGGAUCGCUGGAGGAGAACAACUACACGUGCAGCUUCCGCGACGGCGGACACUCGGCUACUUUUGUCCUUCCAGCCGUCCUCUGGAGCAGCCGGGGGCAGCCGGAUUCGGGUCCUCGGCAUCUCUGGGGGCAAGAUGACGUGGCGCUACACACCUCCAAACAUGUCGUACUAGUCCGUGCACUCCUGGGCACGUGUAUCGCCAUCGCAGCCAUCUGCCUCAUUGCAGUGCUUUUGCUAGCGUAUCCACAUAAAGCUUGCCUUUGCGGGAAAGAAAAGAAGCAAAUGGAGGAGGAGGAAGAAGAAGAAGAAGAAGAAAGGAGAAGUAAUCGAGGUUACAUGGAUGUCUUUCGGAAACGUUGCUUAGCCCUCACCUCCAGAACCAGAAGGCACUCGGGGGCUGCCAAGUGUGCAGACCUUUCCUCACAGACUACAAGACAACUGCUACUUUUUCCUUGAAGUCUUCGGCCGUCCCUGCGCACUCACGCCUGCCACACUUUCACAAACGCUCCCCUCAAGAAUUGUGGGGGCUCAGAAGUGAGUUGCUGCAUUUGUCAGGGUUGCGUUGUUGACGAGGCUUUCGGUCGCUGAUGUCACAGGCGGGGAUUCCUCAGCAUGUGCAGCAAAUGAAACGACGUCACGAAACCAGCGGAGAGAUUCCCCGCCCUCUACGGAAUGCUUUUUGCAUGACUUGACGUGACCUGUUACCUCUUCAUACGUCAGGGAGAAGAAGAUCCUGUGACGCUGUGAACAAUCUGUCUUGGUUUGGGAAGUUAGCCAAAACAGGAACAGGAAGUACAGGUAGCACAAGUUGGACUGAGCCAAACAAGUCUUUAUACUUGUCACGAUGACUUUCUCCAUACGACAAAUACGACUCCAGUGGCUUUUUGUUGUCAAUUCAUUCCAAAAUAAAAGCCGAGACCCUGUUUGUCAUAAGAAAUCAUGUAAAUCCACUUCAUCCAUUUUAUGGAGCAUAAUUCUUUAGUUGUACAUGCAGAAAACAAUGUGGACGUCCUGUAGAUCCAUGCAAGAUGCAACUGAAACGUCUUCUUCACCUUCUUUAUCAAGGUGCUGACGCUCGCAACGUUCUUUGGCCCCCAUGGUGGGUUAUUUUGGAGCUGCACUCCAUAAUAAAUGCUGAGUCAGCAAUGGGUAGCAUGCUUUCUUUGGGAACUCGGAACGACACAGUACGGGACAAUAUUGUGCCAAAACUGAGAAAUUAUUGUGGUGAAGGUUUUACUCAAAAACCAAAUAAUACAAAAACUGUACGAAAAGGGAGUUUCCACCGUACAGUAAAGUGGAGUACAAGCGUGUCCAAAGUGUGGCCCAGGUGCCACUGGUGGCCCAUCAAUGUUUUUUAUUGGCCCGAGAAACAUCCUAGAAAUAUAAUUUCAACAGAAAACUAAAAAAACAACUAGCUGCAACACCAAAAAUGGAAAAAUCAGCAGUCAUUUUCCAAUAAUCAAGUCAAAAUAC